UUGAUGAUGGCGAUAGAAAUUCUGCACACGAGAGCUGUCAGUUUGUGUCACCCAAAGUAAAACAACAAAAUUGUUUUACAUUUCCCAAUGGUUGCUGUACUUAUCUUAUCAUGAUUUAGGUCCUGUAGAGGUCGUUUUAUAAACGUACACCUACGUCUGGAGAAACGGGACAUUCUCUAAUCUCUGCUGCAUGCAGUGGUGCUAGCUAGGCGCUCUACCUAGCUUUGUUUGUUGAGUUGAAGCAUUCCUCCAUGGUUGAAGCAAGUAACUCAAUUUGCGUAUGUAGCCUGUCCAUCUCUCUAUUUUCGGUUGAUGUUUGGUGAGCCAAGCCUCUACGAUCGAGUACGCCCAUGCACCUCACACUCACAGUGCCGAGUGAUGAUCCAACUUCAAGUCAUGCAAGUAGUCGAGAUUGGGAAGGAGACUGUGAAGACAUACAAUUCAUUGACACCGUUUGCUGUGACCAGCUAGAUGACGUUAAUGACAUUGACUUCAAGAAUGAUGCAUUUCUCCAAGAUAACUAUUCUGCCUCAUCUCGCUGUGAAAGAGGAAUAAGACGAAGAAGACUCAUGUCACAUCCUCCUGUUGUGAAGAAGAAGCGGAGAAGUUAUUGGCCUUCUGGAUCUGUCAUCAGCAAAAAACGAGUCUUUCAGAGGUCAAAGAGGUUAGGCACAUCUGUUUCCAAGGCCUUCACUGAUGCUCUUUCCAAACUUGAAGAAAUGAGCCAUGAUAGUCGAAACAGACAGUUCCAUAAACUAUUUAGUUUCAUACCAAGUAGUGAAAGAGUCAUUGUAUCUUAUUCCUGUGCCUUAGUCAGAGAAAUUCUGCUUCAUGGCAGAAUCUUCAUCUCCCAGAACUGGAUUUGUUUCCAUUCUCACAUCUUCACGUUUGUAACGCAGGUGACGAUAGAAAUAAGUUCUGUCACGAAUAUAAGCAAGGAGAGGACGGCGUUUGUGAUUCCUAAUGCCAUCGGAAUCCGCACCGAUAAUGGAAAGUUUGUAUUUGGUUCGUUAUUAUCAAGGCAAUCUACCUAUAUUCAGCUGCUGAAAGUCUGGAAAAGUGCCAUCAUAUCUACCGAUCAAGAAGAGGAGGUUUCAUGUUCAAGUCAAGAGUCAAGUGAAACAAUAGAAAGUGAUGUCCAAUCAGCCAACCUGUUAGUUGAGGGUGAGACACUCUCAUGGACUGAGCAAAGAGUACCAAGUGAUGAGGAAUGUUCUGUUGAGGAUGGGUGUACAUCAACAAGAGAUAUUUAUGAAGACGAUACGAGUAACCUUCAAUCCAUCCACUCCCCACCAGGGUCAUCUUCAGUAAUGGACUCUUCUAGCCAAAUGUCUAUCCAUGACAUAUGCAACCACUUAUAUAAAUUGGUGUUUGCAAUGAGUGUAUUCAAGUCUCUGGAAAGGCUUCUGAAGAUCAUCAAAGCCAUGACCCCAGCUCAGUUUUUUCUCCUUCUAACUGCUUGCUUAAUUAUUUGUUUGACUAUUUCUGCAAUGAUUCUCACGUACCGUAUCGCCAGACUGCAGCCUCAGCUUGAGAACAAGCAUCCCUCUCUGCAGUACACACAGACACUCAGCGAGUGGAGUAGUUUAUGGUGGUCUCAACAAGCUGCUCAUAGUCAACAGAUUUCACAAAUGUGGACCUCAAUCGCUGAUAAUCUCAGGAUGCUUGCAAAGGUACAUCAGUCUCUACAGAUACUGCAAGGGGAAAUACAACCAACGCUAAAUCAUCAUAAUACAGCUUCUGAGACAGAUGAUCAACGUGUCAGGUAAUCAGUUUAGAACUCAUCCAGAAGAUGUACCUGAACAUUCCACAAUGAGCUCCACCGCCCUCUAUCAGCAAUAGGUGAUUGUCAGACACCGUUGUAGUUCAUAGGAUUGAAAACGUUGGAUAAUGAGAACAAUAAGCUUGAAACUAAGGUUGGCAGUUACAUCGGGUUUAAAUUUGAGUCGUAGAGGUUAUGAAAUAACAAAAAAAUCUGGUGUAAACAGAUCUUGGAUCACAAGACAAAUAGAUAUGGAAAGGUUGGUGUAAACAGAUCUUGGAUCACAAGACAAAUAGAUAUGGAAAGGUUGGUGUAAACAGAUCUUGGAUCACAAGACAAAUAGAUGUGGAAAGGUUGGCGGUAACACCAUGAUCUGACUAUCUCUAAAGAGAACCUUUGAUUCCAACUCACGGUCGUGAGUUAAAACCACAAUACAAAGUUUCAAAUUCACCUUUACACUUUAGAGACAGGGAUUCCUAACAAACGAGAUCAAUGCCCAGUAAAAGCUGUUAUGCAAACUGUUAAAGCAUUUUGAUUUAGGGGUUGAACAAAAAACAAUUGACUAGAGUGGGAUUUGAACCAAUGUCCUCUGGGUGAGCGUACCGAUGCUCUACCAACUGGAUGAGCUGUUCUCUUUGGUUGGGUGUGCCAGUCCGAAGCAAUGCAACAGUUAACCUGCCAUCACUGUAAAACUGACACCAGAUCAAAUACAGUACAAAGGAGUUUGGCUGGUAAAACAUGUACAUGUAAUGUAUUUCUGCAAGCAGCAGUUCUCAGUGUUGCAAUUAAGUGCUUAUUAUUUUUCAACUCAGAAACCGUAUUCAAUGACGACCAAAAUCUGAUUUCUAGGGAAUCAAAGGGGACCAACAUUUGUAUGGCCCCAAUGUGUUGUGUAAGGGCAGUUAAAAGUUAUUUUCUUGUCAAUCAACAGUAAAAAGAUCCAUCCACUGAAGGAAUUAGAAAUGAUGUCAAUAUUCAUAAUGUCAUGGUCCAUGCCAAGGCCAGGCACUUCUUACCAAAAAUCAAAACUGGGUUUGUUUCCACGUUUUCCAAUGCCAUCAUGACAUAUCCAAUGCUCCACCAAGUUCAAUAUGUUAUAGCUAAAAACAACCAGAGUUUAUUUAUUAUUAUUAUUAUUAUUAUUAUUAUUAUUAUUAUUAUUAUUUAUUUGGCAAUUCACAUAAAAAUACA